AAUGCAAGCAAAGUGUACAAAACCCAUACAUGUUAAUCCUCUAUUCGUAUGUAGUGCCAGAACUAGUACGUAAAACUAAUAAGAUCACAGUGUUGAAAAUAUGGACCGUUGGAGAGGAAAAGUAGCAAUUGUGACUGGAGCUAGUUCCGGUAUGGGCGCAGCACUGGCGAAGCUGCUAGUAGAAGAAGGUUUGACAGUUGUAGGUCUGGCCCGCCGCUCCGACCGCGUCGAAGAACUCGCAAAACAACUCAAAUGCAAAAAGGGAAAACUCUAUCCCCUUAAAACCGACAUCUCCAAAGAAGAAGACAUUCUGAAAGCUUUCCAGUGGACCCUCAAUAACUUAGGCCCCGUUCACAUACUAAUCAACAACGCCGGUAUCAUGUCUCAGACAACCCUAAUGGACGGCGACACGGAAAAGUGGAAGAGCAUUUUCGACACGAAUGUCCUCGGUUUGUGUAUUGCCACACGUGAAGCUGUGAAAAUUAUGAAAGCGAACGAAAUUGAUGGCCACAUCGUCCACAUUAAUAGUAUAGCUGGUCACACUGUGCCUGAUUUUCCAACCGUAAGCGUGUAUCCGGCGUCAAAAUAUGCCGUUACCGCCUUGACGGAAACUUUGCGGAAAGAACUGACUCGGGCAGGACUCAAAAUUAAAAUUACGAGUGUUAGUCCUGGUGUGGUGAACACUGAGUUUUACUAUUCUGGUGAAACGGCAACGACUCCUGAAGAGAUGAAUUUGGAGUUUUUAAAACCUGAAGAUGUUGCGAAUGCUGUGUUGUACGUGUUGUCAACACCACCUCAUGUUCAGGUGCAUGAGUUAACGAUUAAACCAAUUGGAGAGAUGUUUUAAGUGAAUAAAAAGAAAUUAGGGCGUGUGCAAGUUUUUUAUUAGAUAUACAUAUAUGGGAUUUAGAGGGGUCUUUAUAGGUUAUAUAACAUUUUAUUUUUGCUGACAUACACACUUUUUUUUAAUUUUAAAGAUAUAAGUUUAAUCGAGCAAUGCAUUUAUAACAUACAAACACUUUCAAUACAUACAUGCAUUGCAAAUUAGUUGCUUACUUGUAAUGUAACUGGAACCAAAUAUCAGCUUAUCAAAGCAAACAAGAAGUACAACUGAAAAUCAGUGAAUUUUAAGUCCAAAUUUAUAAAGUGUUGAUGAAUAAAGAUAGGUAAAUAAAUUAAUAACAAAAAAUUGGUCCAAAUAGUUUAGACAGUACUUCCCUCGCUGUCGGAAACGUGACGACUGC